GUCGCUCUCUUCCUUUGAACAUCCACCCAAACAUCAAAAUGGCGCCCGCAGCAGCUACCGGUGGCAAGAAGCAAAAGAAGAAGUGGUCCAAGGGCAAGGUCAAGGACAAGGCCCAGCACGCCGUCGUUCUCGACAAGCCUACCGCCGAGAAGCUCCAGAAGGAUGUUCAGUCUUACCGUCUGAUCACCGUCGCCACCCUUGUCGACCGUCUCAAGAUCAACGGCAGCCUUGCCCGCGCUGCUCUUGCUGACCUUGAGGCCAACGGUCAGAUCAAGAAGGUUGUCGGUCACUCUAGCAUGAACAUCUACACCCGCGCCGUCACCGCCGAGUAAACGUCUCGUCUCUCGUCUUUUCUCUCGCGGUUCUCUUUUUCCUUGCUACGAAUGAUAUCAUUUCACCAUGGGAAGCUCGGCUGGGCGUGAUGCAUAGUGGUUUAACGUCUGACUCUCGAAGAGUGUGGAACAUUCGCACUUCUGGUUUACUCCAAGUAGUGCGAACUGAAUCAAAAAAUCUACAAAACUUCUUGAAAGGAACUUCGUGAUCCGAUUCGUAGAUUG